AUGGCAGGCUCAAGUGAUCUCAACCUGUUGAAGUCGUGGAACCCAAAGCUUGCGAAGAACAGGCAGAAAGUGCAAAAGAAAGAGCAAGAGGCGCUAGAAGAAGAGAAGAAAAUACGCCAGGCAGCCAAGGAACGAGAACUCAAUGACUUGGCUACCGCAAAGUCCAAGACAGGGUUAGAAUGGAUGUACGAUGUUCCUAAACAGCCAGAGACAAAAUCUUUGCCACAGGAAAAACCCAAGCUCCAACGCAAGAACUCUACAGAAAAGCGUAUACCGACGGCUAACAAAGCCAAAGCGUCAAGAUACGACAAGGAUGAUCCAAUGAACAAGUUCAAAGUGGCGAAGAAAAGAUUAAACAAGAAAUAA